UCCGUCUUUGUUGCUGUCAAACAGAAGCUGGCGUCCAUAGCGGGGCGCGCGCCGUUAUGCAAAAUACACAAUUGUUAUAACAAGGCUUUAGAAGUAUGCUUCACAAUAGGAGUCUAACCCUUCUCGUAGUUUAUUUUGUGGCACACUACGUACUUGUGCCUCAUUAGUGAACAUUUGCUUUAGCUUAGGCUACCACAGCUUAAUUCCGGUAGUUUGCCGGUUAACUGUCGGUGUCGAUAGAUGGGACCUGAUGUUUCACGUUAUUCUGGCCGCGGCGUGAGCAGGAAAUGCCGCUGUAAGCAGGCCUGUCCACCCCACGUACCAGUCUGAAUGGAAAAGGAAACCUAAACAGUGGUGCAGCUCGGUGUUUGCUUUGGCUCACAUUGCACGUGCUGUUUGUGUUGAGUGCACGCGCCUGUGUGUAUCUGUCCAUGCUUUCAUCAUAUCUGCGCGUGUACAUACACACACUCCCCCUCUUGUCUGCUUGCAGUUGUUCAUCAUGACAGCCCUGCGUCAGAGGAAGGGGAGCAGGGGGAAGGAGCCCCCUCUCGGUGCAGAGUUUCAGUCCCAGCAGUCCAACUGUUGCUCCGAUCAUCAUCCAGAGAAGAUAUUACACGGUGAUUGGUCAUGGGGGGCGAUCAUCUGGACAUCGGUGGGCUGGUCUGUGUCUGUGGGUCUGGGCCUGCUGUGCUGUAUCUACAUGGCCACGCUGCAUGAGAACGACCUGUGGUUCUCCAACAUGAAGGAAGUGGAGCGCGAGAUCUCUUUCCGGACAGAAUGUGGACUUUACUACUCCUACUACAAGCAGAUGUUGCAGGCCCCGUCCAUACAGGAAGGCCUCUCAGAUUUGAUCCAUGACAACUUGACAGAAUCCAAGAGGACCAUCAAUCUCCUUCAGCGGAUGAAUAUCUACCAGGAGGUCUUCCUCAGUAUUCUCUACAGACUGUUGCCCAUACAGUCCUAUCUGGAGCCAGUGUAUUUCUACAUCUACACAGUGUUCUCACUCCAGGCAGUGUAUGUGAUCGCUCUGUACCUAACUGCAUGGCUCCUGUCAGGCUCCUGGCUGGCCGGCACUCUCACCGGGGUCUGGUACAUCCUCAACAGGGUAGAUACCACUCGUGUGGAGUUCACCAUCUCGCUCAGAGAGAACUGGUCGAUGCCCUUCCUCGCGCUGCAGGUCACCGCUAUCACCUGUUACCUCAGGCCUCAGCUCACAGACUUACAGCAGAAAGUGAUGGUGUGGUUGAUGUAUGUGACGACGUUUUGCUUCUGUCUGACCUGGCAGUUCAACCAGUUCAUCCUGCUGGUUCAGGCUCUCAUCAUAUACAGCCUGGACUGUCUGGACUUCUUAACAACUACACAGGUAACCACUCUGUACCUGGUCCAAGUGAGCAGUCUGCUGAGUGUGUGGCUCCUCCAGUUCUGUAACUCCAUGAUCCUGGGAUCACUGGUGCUGAGCUUCAUCGUAGCCGCACUCUUCAUCAGACACUGCCAGUCUGGUCUGAAGACAGGAAGUCCUCUCGUCCGUCUGGGCAGACUGCUCCUCCACAGCGCCAUGGUCCUCCUCCUCACCGUCACCAUCAACUACCUGGCCAAGAAAGCACUUCAGCUCAGAUCAGACGAACACAUCUUUAAAUUCAUCAAGUCAAAGUUUGCCUUGGGGCCAACGAGGGACUUUGAUGCCAGUCUGUACCUGUGUGAGGAGGCGUUCGGCCUGCUGCCCUUCGACACUCUGGAGCGCCUGGCUGGCACCCUGCUGCUGUACCCAUACAUCCUCACCCUGCUGCUGCUCAGCGGCAUGCUGGCAGUGGCUGCUCUGCACAACCUCAGGUAUAGCCGGAGGGCACUUGGAGGGGGGUGCGGCGAGGAGAGGAAGGGAGCUGUGGAGGGGCGAGCGGGGGGGCUCUUCGAUCCAGAUGUGGCCUACAACCUGUUGCACACACUGUUCAAUGGCCUCCUGGCUUUCAGCACUAUCAGGAUGAAGUACAUAUGGACGGGCCAUAUGUGUGCGGUGGCAGCCUACGGUGUGUGUGGGAAGGAGCUGUGGACGCUGCUGCUCAGCACCCUCAGGUGCAACAGUAAAGUUCUGUUAAGGCUUGUCAGAUAUGCAGUCCCGCUGCUGGUGAUCGCUUGCCUGUAUUACAAGUUCUGGCCUAAGCUGAUGGAGGAGUUAUCCGAGCUGAGGGAGUUUUAUGAUCCAGACACUGUGGAGCUCAUGACCUGGAUUAGCACAAAGACCCCUAAGCGGGCUGUAUUUGCCGGCAGCAUGCAGCUUCUGGCUGGCAUCAAGCUGUGCACAGGCAGAGUUCUCACCAACCACCCCCAUUAUGAAGAUAAAGACCUGCGGGAGAGGACCAAACAGGUGUAUCAGGUGUACGCUCGGCGCUCCCCGGAGGAAGUCUAUGACAUCAUGAAGGCCAUGGGGGCGGACUACGUGGUUCUGGAGAACAGCAUCUGCUACGAGCGCAGGCACAGGAGAGGCUGCAGACUGAGGGACCUGCUGGACCUGGCCAACGGACACAUCAUGGACGGAGACGGGGAGAACGACCAGGACCUCGUCCCCGCCACCCAUCCUCGAUUCUGCGAGGAAGUCAAGACGGACGCCGUCUCUUACACCGCUCUGUUCACCAGAACAUUCCAGAACAAAACCUUCCAUGUGUACCGGGUCAAGAAGAAACGCAAGAAAAGCACCAAGAGCUCACCAGAGCCCAGCGCCUCUCAGCAGCAGGAUCAGGCUCUGUGAGAGGAAAGGCGGUCAAAGGCCGGAGGGGGAGAGACGGAGCAGAAGAAGAGAUAAAAGCCCUGAGUCCUCACUGUUCUUCUGCCUCCCCUCUGCACUGUGCCCAGCUGUGAUCAUGCCCAUUAUUUUUUGAACACAUAGCUCUGUGAACUGUGCUGUUAGAGCAGUGUGCCGGUUCAGGCUCGGGGCUGUAUUGUUUUAGUUAGCAGAGUGUAGAAGCACCUAAAGGAGUCAUGCUCUGGGCUGUUCUGCCUCCCACCGCCCACCCCCGUCCUCCCACUGCCCACCCAUCUCUGAUGGUGCAGAGGAAUAGACACAGAAACAAGUAUUAGGCCUGUGAGCAGGGCCAGAACACCACAAGUGUUCCAUCAUCAGUUCCAUUUAAGUUUCAGUUCUGCACAUCGUCAUGAAAUGAACAAAUAUUCAACUCAUUGCUACUUUUACAUUUUAAGCAUCAUGUUUUUCUCUCAAACAGGGUAGAUUUGUGGUUCAGAAGCAUCAAACAAAUCUUGAUUUUUAUUAUGAAAUGUUGCUUUUAAAGCAUUGAAAUUAGAAGUAAGUCACAAAUAACUUGAUCAUUUAUACAUCCACAGAACCAUGAGCCCUUCUUUCCCAUAGAAAGGAUGGAGGAAAAGAAAAGAAUAAUCAAGCUUCAGUUUUCUUAAAUGGCAAUAAUACUCUUUUCUGGAAAGUGCAAGUUGCCAAAGACUGAUAUCAGUAAUACAUUGCAUACAGAGCAGACAUUAGAAAUCUAAAUGUGUCUGUACACUUCCAGUGUUUUAAUGUCCUACAUUUUAACGCAGUUUUCAAACUGAAGCAGUGAGCUCUUUGUUAAACGUCAACAUUAAAACUAUAAAUAAAAAUAUGGAUGAGAUAUUUCUUACUUUGUCAAAACAGUUCCUAUAUAAUGUGCAGUUUGCUAGCUUGUUUCAUAGCUUUUAACUGAAAUGUUUCGGUGUUCACGGAGAUGGGUCUGUCUGUAAGCAGUCUCAGUAGCAACAAAAGGGACAAAGCAAAUAAAAGUGUGUCCUUUUAAGAAAUAUUUUUGUUCUAGGCUAGUUGGUGAACUACUGUGGCUGGCAAGCUAACUGCUAACACUAGCCACGCGAGCUAGCGCUAGUCCGUCCCAGUAACUUGAAGUUGUUUUUUCCUUUCUUUGUACUUUGUGUUCUUUUUUUGCCUGUAUUACACAUGCACUUGAGUUUUAUUGAAGAGGGAAAAUAAAAGCUGGCAAAAAUCUUGCUAGCUUGGUUGCUAAUGGGCCAAUUUGUACUUAUCACAACGCCUGUCUUCUAAAAGGACUAGGGAUGGAACAGAUUCUUCUCCAUGACAACUGAGCAAACUGCCCCCACAGUAUUUCUGUUGAGACACAUUUCUUGACAGUAACGGACUGGGUAAUAGUAGGCUAUCCUGUGUGCACUCAGCUGUGUAUCAGUGAGGAAAGUCACAUCGACCAUUAGCUUCACUCAGCAGGGACUUUGUUGGCACGUUUUGGCUCUGAACUUUUGUCUACGCUGUUAUCAAUUACCCCCGAACGCAAACCGGAAAUAACGAUGUUAGCUUCAAUUCCUGCCGGGUGGCAACCGUCAGCACCGCCGCUUAAAAGUGUUUUUGCUGUAAGACUGAGGUCAAAGCUGGUACCAAGUGAUAUUUUUGACAUUGUUGUUGUUGUGCUUGCUGUCGGCUCUGUGAUUCUCAUCAGCGGCAGCCUCAACCUUUUUUCACUCCCUCUUCUCACACACACACACACACACACACACACACACACACACACACAAACACACAUGAAUAAUGGAAGUGGUGAGGAAAUUGCAGUAGGCUGACAACGGCGCUGAUUCCCCGCCGCAAUCCAAAAUAGUUUGUGAUGGAGAGAGAGAGGGGGGGGGCAACACUUGCAUAUCAAACUGAGGCUUUGUGGUUGGAAAAGAAAAGUGGGGAGGAGCAGGGGGGGAGAGGGGUGGGCAGGAAAAAGGCUCAUGUUUAAACAGCAGCAGAGAGCGUAUCAAAGCGCGGAUACACAAUGAUCUGAAACACUUCCUAUUUUCCUUUCUCUUCUUUUGAACCAAAGAGAAGGUGGAGGAGAGGAGGUGAUUGAAAGGCUUGAGUUGUGUCGGUAAUUAUGGAGGUGGCCAGUCGGAGCUUCCUGCUACAACGAGGUGCGACACCCACGUUCCCCCCCCCCCCCCUCCACAUCUGCCUAUAUUUGUACACUUGUUAAUAAGACCCUCUGCCUUUGAUAAUGUACACCCUUGCACACUCCCACUCAGUUGUUGUGGGGCUUUUCAAAAUGUUGUUGUUCGUUAACCGCGCCGCCUCAAUGUAAUGCAUACCAAUAGGAUCAGUGUGGCACAGCACUACUUGCCCCCCCCCCCAUGAGUCCCGCCUUCACAUUGGAAGUUUAAUUUAGAAGAUGUCUGAUUGCUUUAUUUGAGAGCGGAGUGAUUCCAUUAUGUUUGCCUAAUAAGAGUGUACUAAUGUAAUUUUUGUUCUCGCAAUUCUUAAUUUCCAUACAUAUUGGGAUUAGUAGUUCAUUCGGAGGCGCGCUGGCUGCAUAUGCUUUUCUUAAUUAAAAGGGGAAGAGGAAAUCCAUGAACUUGUGUGCAUAUGCAGAAUUCAGCUCAACAAGUCGAAACAAAUAUGGCUACUUGAAAUCAUAAUUCUGCUUGGGAAAAUGGCCAAACGUUUGUAGACACCCUUUUCUUGUGUUUAUUGUGUUGAAACGAUCUCAACAAAGGAUAUUUUUCCCCUAAAUAUUGCAUGUUAUUUUAUUUAUUUGUACUAUUAUUAGUGUUGCUAUUUUUUCUGCUGCAGUGAAUACAAAUAAGCAUUUUGGUCAGCCAGGAUCUAGUUUAAAAAAAAGGUGUAACGUACCCAGGAUUCCUAGCAAAUGAGUCCUUACCUAAGUUUGCUUUUUCUAUUGUUUUGGCGUUUCUUCCAAACCCAAUGGCCGCCAACAUCCGAUAUAUUCCCUCCAACAGGAAAAGUGAAUAAAGAUCAAGAAGAAUUCAACUUUGUACGAUUCAAAUUGCACUAUAGCAUUUAAAGUCAGCCUCGGCAACAAACUUUUGCUAAAUCUGUCCAAAUGUUAGUCAAAAUGUGUCAAAAUUAACAUUUUGCAAAUGCCCAAGCUAACAGAUUUAGCUAAAUAUGUCUGUUGGCAAAAUAAAAUAUAAAUUGUUGGCCACACCCACUUAGAGCACAGGAAGUGUACACCAACUCAUAUGCAUUCAUUCAAUGUAUCUUUAAUUAUAGAACAUCUUUAAAGUAAGUCAAUAACAACUGCUUUGAGGUUUAUGAUAUAUAUCUAUCUUAUCUAUCUUUUUUUUAAUGACAAUUAGCAACAGAUUAAAAAAAGAAUCGGGGGGGUUUGGUCUCAGUAAACCUGGCUAUGGCCCUUUUUUGAAGUUCAAGAACAUGCUAGCCAUUCAAAUUCUUCCAAAAGUGUCAAAGUCUGUUUAUGUGCACCCCGUUCCAAAAAGCCUGCCAGUAGAACACAGUCUGUGUAGUGUGUGUUUUGUUACAGGCUCUUAUCUGUAUGGUUGUCCAUAUUGUUUUGAAUGUGUUUGGGGGCAUGUUGGUGCUGACGCUUUUAGAUCAUUCAUGAUGAACUGCAGUUAUGAUGCAUGUGCCAGUCUUAGACAAACCAUUUCCCAUAAGUAACACGAACAGAUGCAACCCGCUGAGCCAAUGUAAAUACUUUGAAACUAUUUAUGAAUGUGAAAUGUCCACAUUUAAGAGUCUAAAUAGCACUAUUGAUAAACUGUGGGAACAUUGGACCUGAUUGACAGGCUUUUCAUACAGGAGCUUCCUGGUACCUUUUUCAUUGGCUGAUGUGAAAGCCGCUCUUUGGUGCACACUGAGAUAAACGCACAGACCUGAUGCACCUUGAACGCUACAUAAGAGCCACAUGUGACCCUAAAGCAUCACCGUCAUAUAAAGUACCAUUUCUGUGUUUGGAAAUCUGUCAAUAGUGGAAACCAGCAUCUUUUGUGUUUAUUUGAAAAAAUAAAUAUUGUUCUGUUAUGUAUGUCAGUGCCUUGGUCAUGUUCUCCAUUUUUCUUCUUAAAAGCCACUAAAAGUGUUUCCGCUGUGUUUUCUACUGCAGGAAAUGUUUCAUAUCAGCAAUCAUACAAACUAUUAAUGUUAACUCUGCUAUUAAAAGUGUUCUCAUGUCGAGCAUGUUGCAGCUAUAGAGGGGAAGAUACAUGAGUUAGGUUGGAAUGCUCUCCAACGCCAGUGUUUAGAUAUCAACAGCAUUAAUGUUCUAUGGCAGUUUGAUCAAUACAAGUUUUUAUUCAAACAA